ACGCUGGGUUCAGCCUCGCCACCAUUUCCAUCACAUUACCCUUUGAGAAAGCAUUCACUUCCCUGUUUUGGCUGAGUGCUCUGAUAAAUCGCCGUGCCGCUUCAUAAACCUGUUGGUGCGAGCUUGUCAAGAUGUUUGUGUGAUUUCUGUGGUAAGUGCAGUUUUUUGUUUUGGACUCGUGAGGGACAACUUCUACAUUAUGUUCAAAGUUUCAGAAUGAGGCUGGAUCUAAACUUCUCCAACAUGUCUGUGGAGUCUGGUGACGUUCGGCUGGAGCAGGGGCCGGUGGAGUACCGCAUUGCGGGCCUGAUCUUCUACUGCUUCGUCUUCGUCAUAGGAGUCAUCGUCAACAUCACUGCCUUGUGGGUGUUUUCUCUCACCACCAAGAAGAAGAACUCCGUCACCGUCUACAUGAUAAACGUGGCGGUGGUGGACCUCACCUUCAUCCUGCUGCUUCCCUUCAGGAUGGUGUACCACCACCUGGACUACUGGCCCUUCGGGGACAUUUUCUGCCGAAUCAGCGCAGCUCUCACCAUCUUCUACCCCUGCAUGGCUCUGUGGCUGUUCGCUCUCAUCAGUGCCGAUCGCUACAUGGCCAUCGUCCAGCCCAAACACAGCAAAGAGCUGAGGAACGUCCCAAAGGCCAUGGUGGGGAGUUUCGGCGUGUGGUUGAUGACCCUGGGCAGCACCGUACCCCUGCUCUUCUCCGAGGAAGAUCCCGAUCGCAUCUCCAACUUCACCACCUGCAUCAAGAUGCAAGACAUCAUCUACAUGCGCAACGACAACCCGGUCAACUUUGUGCGACUCAUCUUCUUCUUCCUGGUGCCCAUAUGCAUAAUGAUAGGCUGCUAUAUCGUCAUCGUGGAUAAUCUGAUCCACGGCCGCACCUCUAAGCUCAAACCCAAAGUGAAGCAGAAGUCCAUCCGGAUCAUCAUCACGCUGAUUGUCCAGAUGUUGGUGUGUUUCGUGCCAUUCCACGUGUGUUUAGUGCUCCGUUUGGUGGGGACGGGCAAAGACGGGGGGUUCAGCACGUGGGCGGUCUUCACCACGUUCCUGAUGAACCUGAGCACAGUGUUAGAUAUCAUUCUGUUCUACAUCGUCUCCAAGCAGUUCCAGGACAGGGUGAUCAGCGUGAUCUUGUAUAGGAACUACCUGCGAAGUGUGAGACGGAAGAGCAGGCACACGCACACUGGCAGCACCCGAUCAAUGAGUAACCUGACCCAGAUGAUAUGAAACCACCAUCAAACUUUCACAUCAAACUGAUACAGACUGUACAUGUGCACGCUUUGGCACAAUGUAACACUGAAUGCUUCGCUGUGUACAUGGUUCAUUAUCAAAAGGAUCAAAACUUUGCAAUUAAUUUCCUAGGUGUAAUUUACACUCACAGUAUGGGAGUGCUGCUGUUGUGGCGAAAAACAUCUGUGUUCGGAGCUGAUUGACUCACCCAUGAGACUUGAGAUGUUUUUUGUGCAUCUUUGCUCUGUCAGACAAAGCGAGAGUAUCUGUGGCUCAGGUGUAACGCAUGCAGGCGAAAAUAAAACUCAUGAUUAUUAAGAACACAGCCCACAGUAUCGCAGUGUUUGCUUUUGUUAUCAGCCGUGUCAACCAAGACCUAUAAAGGGCCUGACUGUCUCCGCGUGGGGGCGGGUGUGGGGGGAACCAACAGGAAAUGAUAGUGGGCUCUUAAAAGGUUGCUGCUUUCGUUUGUUCGCUGCACCAUAUUUGCAACUUCGCCUCUGUAGCACCUCAGUCCUGCAUCAUGGCUUAAAUAUAAGCUGCGUGAUGUCAUGCAUAUGCUUGAGUGUCAUAUUUGUGAAGUCUAUGUUUAAGCCCGACCGCUUGAUACAAGACUUAAUAUUGACACACACACCACAAUCAUCCUUUUAACGUUGCUGUUAACUUGUCUACCAGGUGAUGGCAGCAUGGCACAGCUAGACCCCAUCUACCUGCCAGAGCAACACAGAACGGUGCUUUUCUUUACUUUUAAAGUGGAUGGUGCAACAUUUUUGAUUCUCUGCUUUAGAGUUCUCUAUACUUUUUUGUGUUUCUGCAUUUUAUUACAUUAGAAAUGGUUUUUAAAAAAGCUAAUAUUUGCAUUUUGAUCCUUGAAAUAACCAUUCCACCUCAUCACAGAGAAGUUGUUAACUACAGUCGUAACAGCUUCCCCAACCAGGAGUCAGACAAGAGUGUGUUUAUGGCGCAAUGUGAAUCGUAUUGAUUAGAUGUUAAAUGAUUCAGCCACUUGAAAGUGCAUUUACAGUAACGUCCUUUAAGAGAUGUCAGCGAGGCUAUUUACUAGAUUUAAAGCAACCUUAACCUUAAAAGAGAAAAACCUUUUUUUUCUGCACAGGGAGAGACUUUAAUGUCAGGUCUAAAGCAGCACGAUGCAAGAUCCUGCAAUUUAUCCCGGAGUUAUUCCUCAAAUGGACGAGACAAGUGAUGCGUUAGAAGGUACUGAAUGUGUGACAGUCCCAUCUAAAAUGAAGAGACUGUUUAAUUUAAAUGAAGGAGCGGUUUUGAUAGGUGUCCUGCACAAACAUCAGGCGAGCUAAGAAUUGAUUUGGUGUUGCCAACUGUUAAAAUAAUCGAGUUAGUGUGUCUGUCACACCUACACACAGUCUUAACUGGAUUAGACAGUGAGUCAGUGUAGCUGAGUAACUAUGUAGUGUCUCAUGCAAUUAGACAGCUAAGGCGCCCUGUGGUGUAACCACAUGCACCAAUUUUCCGAAUGGUUAUCGUAUGGCUGAUCAAUUGCAAAAACUAAAUGCAAUGCGUUGUACUCUGCAAUUCAGAUCCGGGUUAUAUUAAAGGUGCGCUAUACGAUAUCCAGGACAUUAAUAUAGAAGCAAACAACUAUUUGCUAUGUAAAGAUAUAGAGUAAUGUCUACCUGAGCAGAGAAUGAAGUUGCUCUCCCUCUGUGGGUGUUGUAAUUUGAGUUUCUUCUCCUCCUAACUCGUCACCUAGUGCUGCAUACUGUCAUUUUAUUUUCGGCAUCAAAACCACUAUAGUUACCCUUGGCGUCACUUUAGGAUUAGGUACAAAACAACUAUGGUUAGGUUUAGGAAAGAACUACAUGGUUGGGCUUAAAACUGCUACGUUUGUACAGUGAAGAAGACACUGAACGUUGUGAACACGGAACAGCUGAUAUAUAACGUGACGCACAGGACACAAACAGCGGCCUCCUGGAUGAAAGCCUUGUGUUUGUUGGACCCAUCCAACUCCCCUCCCGCCCGUCUGGUGGGUGUCUUUUCGCUUUUUAAACUACGUCACCAAACUCCCCGCGUACUUUCUCGGGGCGCUUACUGUUGCAGCGGAUGCGUUUACAUUAUAGUUAAUGGAACUCCCGGUGCGUCUCGUACCAGCGCUAAAUGGUUCCGUGUGUGGCGGUACCGAACGCCGACGGUCACGACAAAGCCUCGAUAUUUAACGCCCUGGGAAUUAGAACGGGCUGACUUUUAGUGCAUGUUAGUGCAUGUGAGCGUGCCCCACUGGCUGGCUCACAGCUGAAAUAAUACUGUUAGCUCUGUCAGCACUGUAGCCGUUGUUUUCGCUGUUAGCAAUUUUAGCUACAAGCCACCAGCUCAGCCGUCGCCAUGUUGAGAGCCGUGCGGAGGCAAUAGAAAUGCCCCCAAUCUCGCAUUUAGCACCUUUAAUGUUUUUUUCACAUCUUAAAGUAAGUAAGCCCAGUUAAAUUCUCACAGAGAUACGUUGAUGUAAUAUGGUGGUAAAAGGAUAAACGACACUGGGAGUCCAUGUGGUUCUUGGUUGGUUCGUACAGUGUUCAUGGGUCAAGAAGUGGCCAGACGGUGGGAUAUAGACGAGCUAGAUUUACACAGUAUUUAAUAAGAGGAGGCAGACUACAAGAUUUUCAUCUCACAUGGAAUUCUGGGAACUGCAGUUCAUCACAUGAUGAUGGGUUUAUUGGCCGCUGGACUACAAGUGGAUUUAUAACCAAGAGGUCAAAGGUCAAAUGAAACAUCAGAGGGUCGUCUAUCUGUCCCACCUGUUAGACAUCAAAGAAAAACCAGCCACGCUGCUCACAGCAACUGGCAUUUAAAACAAUUAAGUUUCCUGUCAAGUCCCUGUGAUGAAUUAUCCGGAAGCUUUACCCGCUGUAAUUCUAAAUCUUCCCAACAAGUGCCUUUGUUGUAGAGAAAUUAAUGAAAACAAGAUUGUCUUUCAUAGGAGCUGAUCUAACAGCGCGACAGCCAGCUGCUCUUCUUUGGGAAUAAAAACAGUCAGCAUUAAACACAGCUCACACAAAAUACUUUUUUUCUUUUUUUUUUCCUACCACUCGUGUGGAAAACAAAUCAGGCGGCGAGCGCAGUGGCCAUCUGUUUUGUUAUUUGAUAUGUGUGAAUACAUGUUGUAAUGACUUUGUUUGUGAAUCACUCUGCGCGGCAGAACACACGAGAGCUCUCGAAGUGCUGGAGUGUUCAAAGCUAAUCAUAUAAUUGGACACAAUAGUCGAUGACAAAUGGAGACGCUUGGAGCCAGCCAGCUGGGGAAGUGAAUAUGUAAUCAUUGUAAAAUCAUAUCAUUUUUGCAUAUUUGAAGACAGCUUAAUAGAGGUUGCGUGUCAGCACACUAUCAAAUGAUGAUCAGAGACAGUGUUGCUGUAUUUGUUUUUCUAAAUAGUGCUUUGUUGGACUACUUAUCUUUAGCGUGAUUAAAAGUGUUUCUCAAGA